CGAUCAACCAUUGAUGAAGAAUAUGAAGUCGGUAUUGGUCUCAAGGAAUGCGUCGUCAGUGGUUUUCUCAUCGUCGAUGCGAGUUUGGCUCUAAUGGAGCCUAAGCAAGGAAAUGGCAUUGUCAUGGUGGCUGGAGUCUCAGCAGCGGCAAUGGCGUCAGUGAUGAUGGCGGUGAUGGAUGACAUAAUCAAACCAACCGUUAAGACAUUACAUAUAACAGACAUUGGCUCUAAGAAUAUUGGUAUCUAG